GCCUACGACUUUAUAUUUCCUCUCCUCCAGCAGCUCACUGGCACCGGGUGUAGAGUCAGUAGUUGAUCGGGUUCUUGGACAACCACUUCAGUCCUAGAGCUUUUCUUCUUCUUGUAUCUAAGGGCCUCCGGUCUCUUCAUUCGCACACCGCCAGCAGCUUCAACCAUGUCAUUAGCUCGUGCGGCCACCAGUCGCGUCCGACUAUUCAACCUCACACCAGCAGCCAACUCGCAACACGCCCAAAAACGUCUUGGUCGUGGUCAAGGGUCAGGCCGAGGCGGAACCUCUGGUCGAGGUCAUAAUGGUCAAAAGUCACGGUCAGGCAAUGGCAAACCCAAAGCUGGUUUCGAGGGUGGUCAGACACCCAUCAUCAAGUUGUUUCCUAAGCGUGGAUUUGUCAACCCGAAUGCGAAGGUCUACGCAGCUGUAAACCUUGACAGGAUCCAACACUGGAUUGACCAAGGCCGCCUCUCAUGUUCUCCGGAAAAUCCCAUCACUGCAAAGGAGUUAUUUCUCAGUGGAUGUAUCCAUGACGUCCAUGACGGGAUCAAGCUUCUAGGCGAUGGCGGAAGUGCUUUAAAGGCACCUAUACAUAUAACCCCGUCACGAGCUUCAAAGUCUGCUAUCCGUGCGGUUGAGAAACUUGGGGGAUCUGUGUUCUGCAAGUAUUACAACCCUCUCGCGCUUCGCGAUUGCGUGAAGGGCAAUACCGAGCGAACGCAAGCUGCGCCUACGAAGCGCAACGACAUUCUUUGGUAUACUUCAUGGAAAAACCGGGGCUACCUUUCACCAGAAGCUCUCAGCAAGAUGCCAGUAGUCGAAGACCGAUGGAAAGAAUUGUCAAAGCAAUUCCUUAUGUACAAGGAGCAGGGUAUUGAGCAGCAAAAAUAGUCGCAUUUGUGCUCGUGUAUAAUACAGUACAUCACUCCUCUAAUGCCUCAGUGUGUUGUCGUCUCCA